AAAGAAACAGAAAACGGGAAGCAAACGUUGGGUUCGAUCGAGGAAGGGAAGACGCCGCCAAUCCACGAUUGCCGCCGCGCCACCGCGGGAUCAGGCUCAGAGUAAGGAUAGCCGGGAAAGAGAGAGAUUCGACCAGCACUGUUUCCUUGUUUCUACUGAGGAGGUUCCUUUUGAUUUUGCAGGGAGAAGGGUGAGUUCGAUUGCCUAUCAGGUGUUCGGAGAAAUUACUCUGUGAGAAAUUUUCGAUGGCAAUGGUAUCUGCAGCAGCGGCAAAUGAAAAUGGGAAUGAAUCAAAAGGUGGAUUGAAGGAGAAAACUCUGCAGAUAUUCGAGGACUUCUUGACGAGGGUCGCAAAGCUUGAGGAGCUUGGUGCCGUUGCAAAUAGAUAUCUCAGUGGGUUUCAGCAAUCCCUUGACUUUCUUCGGCGACCUCCCAUAGACAUGGAGUCGAAAUUGAUGAGCAAGCUCAUAAGUGCUAAUGACACGAAGAGGAUGAAAUCAUACAUCCAAGCCGGCUGCUGCAACACUCUUGACAGAGUGCAGAAUACAAGCAAGUGGAUGACAAUGGGUCGCGUUGGGUCGAGUUUUGUCAAUCCGAAACCCAUGGGUUUAUCAGUGAAAAAAACUCUUAUGUGCAAAGUUGGUAACCUUUUCUUUUACAAAUGGUGAUGGUUGUGACAAUCUAACUUGUUCUGUUCACCCCGCUUAUUGGGUACACUUUUGGUGCGCUUACCCUAUGCUCUAAUUAUGGUUGCUGUUACGUUCUUGCAUCUCAUGGAUUAGUUCACUCUAGAUAUGCACUUAGAUUUUAAGUAGGCCCACGUAUAGCCAUGUAAAUAUGGCUUAUAUUAACUGCCUGAUGACAGCAAUUUGCUUAUAUAGCCUGUUAAAAGCCAUUCAGCUUUGAAGUUAAAUACACUAUUCUCUCCCGUGAUGGUAUUUAUGUGUCAACUGUGGCAUAUGAAAUGAGCUCCUACACUGUGGAAUAUUUAUAUCUUACUAGUUUAGCUUCUUCAUUUUCUUGUUUUGGGAGCAGAAGCAGUUGAAAAAUGGCGCAAUGAGAAGCUACUAGAAGUCAAGCAGUCAAUUAAUCUUAAUAGAGGAGGGAAUUCAACUUUUGUUCAGGAAGAAGCUGGAUUGCUGGUAAAAGCCCUGGAAUCCGAUUGGGCAGUGCUCUCGGAGAACAUAGGCCUUUGGAUUACUGCUGAAGUCACUAAUCCAGAGCAUGAUGAUAGACCAGAGGGUCAAGAGGAGCAAGGAAAACCAGUCACACACAGUUUGGUGUAAUGUCUUGUCUCUUUUUCACCACAACAAGGCUUAUCUUCAAAGUGGGUGAUUGAAAGUGACGAAAUAAGCACCUUGUCUCAACUGCAAAGCCACCAUCAAGCUUUGAGGUCAAUUUGGACAUCAACUCAAGAUUGAGACUUUUUCCCUUCCCCCACAUUCCAUGGUGCUUGCACUUCCUCCCUUUCUUUCUUUCUUCUUUAUAGCCAAGUUAAGCAUCAGUUUCCCCACCAAAGUUUUAGCUUUUUUGUGUAUUGUCUAAUUCCUUUCUCUGAAUCAAAAUGGGUGUGUUCUAUCAGGAAGAGCCACCCCCACAAAACCCAUCAAAGAAAUGCAAGUUCCUCCUGGUUUCAACUCUCAAAGAUGCCUUCUCCAUCUGUCGAUCUUGCGGCGGCCACAUAAGCUCUCUCCAGCAGCAGCAGGAUGAGGAUUAUGUUCCCAACACGACAACUGAGCUCGAAGAUCUUGAUGAACACGAAGUUGUCGUGUCAGCAAUCAGGAGCAGAGCCAUGGAGAAGUUGAAGCAGAAGGUGUUUGUGAUCACAGAUAGCUUUUCAGGGGAACUGCUCUUUAGUCCUGAGAAGCAGAAGGAUGGAGAAGUUGAAAAGGAUGAAGAUUUCUUCUCUGUUGGGAGCUGUCUUUCGUGUUGUUCGAGCGGGUUGAGCAAGGGGGGCGAAGAGUUCUUCACGGUGAAGACAAACUUGUUGUCGAGGUGUUCGAGCUUGAGUCGGGUGGAGUUCCCAAGUUUUCACAGGCGGGUUUCGAUAUUGCAGGAGCUCUGCCACUGCCAAGGGUGGCCAUUCGGUCUCUGCAGGAAGGCUGUUUUGCUCCCACCUCUGCCUAAGUCUCCCUCUGAUUCCUGGCUAUGGCGGAAAGGCACUAGAUCAGCCAGGUUGCCUUAGAGUUCUUGCAACUUGCAACAAAGACGAGAACCUUUGGAAGAGUUUGAGAAUAAGAUAGACUGUUGCGGAAGGAUGCAAAGUUUAUUGUUCUGCCAUAUUGUCAUGUCUAUUCCCACGUAUCAGAUUCUAGAUUGAAAAUCAAAAGUUCAGUCCUAUUCCAUCAAGAAAUUCAUUGUACAAACAUCAAUAUUCUAUGAGAUAGUUUUCGAUGAUCUGCUAAGGAAACAACCAGGAUUAUUAUACACCAACACAAGGAAAAAAAAAGUUGCCGGCCUUAUUUGCUUGAAGAAACCUUUGCUUCCAGUGAAAUACAGCUAAAUGGAACUGAAAUGACGUAAACAACAUUACAUCAAUGCAAAUUUUGAAAUA